UUGGAUUAGACUCGAGAUAGAGAGAGAGAGAGAGAGAGAGAAGGAGAAGAGCCGUGUUGUGACAUUAUCAUGACUGGUUUCUUUUCUCUCACAAUUUACAUCACAAGUCAGCCCUAAUCUCGUUCUCUGCAAUAAACUCUCCGAUUCUGUUGUUUGUUUGUCUAUUCUCUCUCUCCCCCUCUCUUUUCACUGUUUUUCUCCUCACGCACUUCCGUGAUCCUUGAGACUUUUUUCUUCAAAGAAAAGCUAUACCGGGCGAACACCACCGACUCAGAGACGAUCCAGGAACAAUAGAUGAGAAGAGAUUAUCGGGCAGAAGAACCAAUGGGAGUAAGGCCUAGCCCCAAACACAAAAGAACUUAUCAAACAUACCACGCUCCACUACUCAUCGAUGGGUGUCGUAAGUUGGGCUUUCAAAAGGCAUUCGUCUUCUUAAUAGACGCAUAUAUUAUUCACUCUCUCUGGAACUUGGUUGUAUGCGUUUGUGGUAUAUUUGGGGAACAAAUCGGCGUGAAAAAGGCAUAUAGUCAAUGUCCUGUCGGCGGAAUAUACGAAUGUUCAAGAUUUAUUGGAGUACGAUCAUACGUGUCACAACGUGGUUCUAAGUAUAUUUAGUAUAGAAGUGAAGCAGUGCCGACUUUCCUCAUGAAACAAAUACCAGGACCAUCGUGCACUAUGGUGAAGAGAUAUUACACUAUCAGAGUCAGUCGGACGGUGGCCCAUGUUUUCUGUCUCUGUUUCGCCAUCACUUUUUGCACUCUUCUCGUAGCUUUGCCCUCGUUGGAAAAAUCUCGCCAGUCAUCGCCGUUCAUCGAGGUCGAUCGGCGGGCGGGGUCUUCCGAGCACGACACCGAGGUCCAGGAUGAGCCCUUGGUCCUAGUGGAGUACGACCCGGCCGAGGCGGCCCUGCAACGGGAAGAGGACAAGAUGAGAGAAAGGGCGGCGAAAGAAGCCAAGGCGAGACAGGAUGCCGAGAGAAGGCUCGGUGAAAGGGAAAGAGUAAGAGAAACGGAGAGGGACAGGGAAAGAGAUAGGCAGAGAUACGUGGAGAGGGAAGAACCGAGGUUGCCUGCGAGGGCCCCUGUACGUGAAGCCCCCAAAGAGGUGGCUCGCCGACCAGAUGAACGACGGGUAGAAUCCGCGCCGGUCAGGAUCAAGCUACCUAACGGCAUGAAGGGAUGCGCCAGACCCUCUCCCUAUGGACGUGGUUAUAAUGUUGAUCGCGACACCACUGGACAAAUCAAUGCUGCCUGCACAAUGGACGAAAAAGAGGUCACACGCAAUGUCCGUAACACAACCAUCAAAUCCUUGUGCGCGGUGGAGGAACUGAACCACUUCUCUCUGUUGAACAGCGAGCAAAGAAGGACUCUCGACGCUCAAGUACUCGUAGACGACGCGCACAAAUUUAUGUACUGCUUCGUGCCUAAAGUAGCGUGCUCCAACUGGAAGCGUGUCAUCAAAUACAUGAACAACAAGGUGCCCGACUUGGAGACGCCGAUGAAGAUGGACCACCGUAAAGACUUGGUCUUCCUCCACGAUUUCAGCGAUGAAGAAAUCCAGCUCAGGCUCAAGACCUACUACAAGUUCAUGUUCGUCCGGGACCCGACCGAGAGGUUACUGUCGGCGUACAGGAAUAAGUUCGGGGAAAAUAUCGGUUCGUACAACGCCAAGUACGGUCCGAAGAUCAUCGAGAAGUACCGCAAACCUGGUAAGUUGAUUGAAGGUUCGGAUCAGUCAAUGAUUACCUUCGAGGAGUUCUUGCGUUUCCUGGUGGACAGCGACACCCGAAGGAUGGAUCCCCACUGGAGACCCAUGCAUGAGCUGUGUCAACCCUGCGCCAUGAAAUACGACUUCGUCGGAUCCUUUGAGCAGUUGUCGGAGGAUGCUACGUUGAUCAUCAAUAAAGUCCGUGGGAGCAGUGACGCCUAUUUUCCGGCGAGACAGAGCUGGUAUAAACCUACGACCGAUGAGAAGAAAAAUCAACAGCUGAACAAUGUCCAUCCUACGUACAUGAAACAGGUCGUGGAUAAGUACGCGAAGGACUACAUCCUAUUUGGAUACCCGCCUCCAAUUUCUGACAUCACAAGACCAAAAGGUUUAUGAUCUUAACCUAAGAGACAUUCAUUGAUGUUUAUGUUUUUGCAUUGUUUCAAAUGAAAAUAUCGAUGAGAAAUCUAGUUAAAGAUAUUCUAAAUCAUUAUAUGUGGUCAGCUAAAUAUGAAACCAAAGAUAUCAUUGUUAUUAUUACACACACAGUGUCCUUUAAAUCCCCGUAACCUCAAGUUUGCAGAAUUUGACGAAGUGUCUUUGUGAUUUGACGUCUUUCGUGAGCACUUCUCUUAACCCGUUGACUACUGAAUUAUCUAUUUCCCAGAGACUAACACAGGGACCACCAGGUUCCAGUAAGCAAUGGGUUAACGCCGCUCACCAUUGAUUCUAGUACACGUGCAGACGUUCCCCGGGUCCCCCAAAGUAUGUUUGGUAUGCAUGCGCCUCUUUUCCCAAGACAUUUGACCCUAGAUACAGAAAUACAUCUUGAUUACCAUACUUUACCAGCUGAGCGAUGGCUAGAGCCGAGGGAUAGUAGCCGAAUGGCACCCCUUCAGUUUUCUCAAGUUAGGUUACUUUAUUAAUUCGUGUUCGUCCCUACAUUUUUCAAAUUAUAACGCCCCCUUAUACCCCCGGUGAAUUUCGGAAUAUUUGGUCCUUCUCUACAGGCUUACUAGGCCUUGUUCGGGAAGGGGAGGACGGAGGUUGCAUAAGUAUUUGCAAAUUUGAUCUGACAACCCCCAUCUAAAAUGAUGUAACGUCGCUACCGGCUACGAACCCAAUGAGCUCUUUAGAAUCAAGUGUAGUUUGACGGAGUAUCCCUGUCUAUCAUUUUCGCUAAUGACCAUUCGAUCUAGGAGAUGUCAAAGUGUUUUCAAUUCGUGUUUGUGUGUGAUUGAUGGGAUACACGGGAAUGAACACUGUCCAGUUGGUUCAAAUUGUUGACAAACUGUUGUAGUGAUCCGAAAUUAACCAUCUAGGUUAAUGACUUAAUGCCCUGCCCUAGAAAAAACAUAAUGACAGGGUUUUGUUUUUACUGAUAAUGGAUCUAGUUAAUUUAUAUUUGCCACAUUAGUAGUUCGUAUCGUGCACUUUAAAACACGAACGGAAUCAGGGGGACUGAAAAAGUUGGCCUUGAUGCCGAUAUUGCAAAUGGACAAUGUUCACGCAGGCGCAGGACGGAUUAUGGAGAAAAGAAAUAGGGGGCAUUCUCACAAGCAAACACUCCGCGGAGUUUGGAAGAGUUGGUGUAAGUGAUGGGAACGGCCCUCAUGAUGUGUAAUGCAGGCUGAAAUGGGAUUGUACACAAUAUACUUGUAUAGGCACACGAGUUCGUGAUCAUUCCGGAAUCACUAUGAAAUGGCUAUUACUGGUCAAUGAAAAAUAACAUUGACGAACGAAAUUGAUUUAUAUGUCCAUGUGUGUGUUUAAAUUUUUAUCAUCAUAGUUUGAAUAGUGAAUAAUUAUACUGUAUUUAGUUUUUAUUCACUUAGAAAUUGGCGCUAUGAUUAUGAAAAAUUCUUGAAAAUAUGUAUCUUACGCAGUAUUGAUUUUAACUGGCACUGUGGAAUACUGUUACUGAGUAGUUUAUAUACAGUGUACCUCAGUGUAACGUUUUUGUAGAUGGAUAAUUUAAUUUUAAAAAAGAAAAAUGGGAGAAACAGGACAGUAAAACUUUGUUGAAAAUCAAUUGAAACUAGAGUUUUUACUCUUGAAGGUUGUAUUUGUAAUCACAACUCUUAGACGUAACUUUCGAGGACCAUUUGCUUAAAACCAUUUGUUGUUCGAGUGCAUUUAAGUAAUGCUGAAUGACGUUUGUCACCACCGCCGCCUUAUUUGAACUAUAUCUUUCUUGUUUUAUUUCAUUUAUUUUUUGUUUAUUUUGGGGGCAACUAACUGCCUUGACACGCUUAUACGUUACUGUUGGGAGAUGGGGGUCAUGGAAUUUCGUUGGUCACUUUGGUUUACUUUGAUUAAUCUUUUUAGUAAACAUAGCAUGAUAUUAGUAUUGAUCUUAGGCCAGUUAUAAAUACAUUAUGAGCAAAUAUGUUGUGAGCUAAUAUAUUGUUAUUUUAAGCAUUAGCAGUACUCGAUGAAAUGUUCAAUCGAUCUAGUUUUAUUAAAUGUCAUUUCCCGUUGUACAUUUCAUUGAAUUUACAUGAAUUUGAUUGGGAAGGAAUAUUUGCAUUUCUGUUUUGCGUAACUCGUGUAACCACUUGCUUAGUGAUGAGGAUGUGUUUUUUCAUAUAUUUUUUAGUGAAAUUAUGUAUUCGAUGUGGUAUGUACUGACAGUAUCUAUAUGUAAGUCUAUGUUGUGUUUGAUAUCACGUCUAUAAUUCUAACGAUGCCUGUCUAUUACCAAUUUUAAGAAUAAUAUUAUAUAGUUUUCUCCUAUAAUUAUUUAAAAGUUAUCAGUUUUGGCUUAUCAACCUGUGCUUCAAAAUAACUAGGAAGGAGAGAGGAAAGCAAUUGUGAUAGUUUAGUAUAGGAACAGUCGUACAUCACUGAGCAAUACUGUAUGGUUAUGAUAAUGCUAGACUACUAUACCAAGUUUAAAAUUUUGAAUAUAAAAAGAGUGUUCUAAUAUUUUUUUCCAUACCUGAUAUUACUUGCAUUCUGAUAUUGACAUGAAAUGCUUGCUUUUUCAAGAGCAAUUAUCUUGUCUUUUAUGUUGAUUUAGCUGUGUUUAUGCAGGGGUAUUUAAACUGAAUACACAUGCACUAUUCGUAAUUUCAGUAUCGAAUUUGGACAUUAUUUUGCUAAUGUAAACUGCAAUCGUGCUCUCUGUCUGAUUAAACUCGCAAACAGAUUCCAGUCCCAAAUAUUCCAAGUUGAAAUUCUACCGUCUACUUUCAGAGACUGUCGUACAUGUUACCGGAAUAAAACUUUCCAGAUUAUAACAUAAUGAACUUCGACAAAGGUAGAAUUUCCUCUUUUCUCAGGUAGGCUUGGGCUACCUAUAUCCUGGACUAUUAUAUGUGCUACACAACUACACAAUGUUUAUUUUCAAGUAUAUUCGACAUAAAUUAGCACUAGUAUUCGUGAGGUACAUGUAAAACCUAAUUUGACCAGUGGAUGCUUGAGUAUCACGACAUGGCUAUGUUUACAUGAACGAAUGGGGUAACAACCUUACUAUGACAAUGGUUCAUGAUGAUUUUUAUGUUUGAAAGUUGCAUGUCUCUAUGAACUUAUAGGUCAGUGACCUAUUGAAAUUAACCACUGACAAUGGGUUCAUAUCGAUUCAUACGUAUGUCGAACAAAC